GAGACUCGCCAUCUUUGAGCUCUGUCGCCACAUUGCCACCUUUCAUCCAGUGUCCUAACUGCCAAAGCCCUACGUCUCGCAGUGACAUCAUACGUGUGCAUCACUAGCCUGCCCGGAGACAGUGUCAAAGAAACAAGCUGUUCUCAAGGUGGAGCGAACAUCUUCCAACACAUCAGCGACCAGCAUCACGAACACCACCGGCAAGCAGCGAUGUCUCACUCCGUGCUCCUCCUCUGCGUCCUGGGACUGCUCGCCCUCAACGUCGCCUUCUCCUCCGCCUGCUACAUCCAGAACUGUCCUAGGGGGGGCAAGAGAGCCUUGGCCGAGACUGGACUCAGACAGUGUAUGUCAUGUGGUCCUGGUGAGAGGGGCCGCUGCUUCGGCCCCAAUAUCUGCUGUGUGGAGGGCUUUGGUUGCCUACUGGGCUCCCCAGAAACAUCUCAUUGUUUGGAGGAGAAGUACCUGCUCACCCCCUGUCAGACCGGGGGGCGAGCCUGUGGAUCCGAAGGUGGUCACUGCGCCGCUUCGGGCCUCUGCUGCACCUCUGAGAGCUGUGCAGUAGACUCCUCCUGCCUGGGAGAGGCUGAGGCUCAAGAUCAGGCCCAAACCUCUGCAGGGAGCUCACCUGCAGAGCUGCUGCUGCGCCUGCUGCAUGUGGCCAGCAGGGGGCAGACUGAAUACUAACGCUGCAUUCCUCAGUACAAGCGCGCUAUUCCACUAUAUGCCUUUUGCCCUCACAUACAUCACUCAUAAUAAUGUAUAUCCCUUAAUAGUGGCUUCUCCUUUAAUAUACUAAUACUUCAAAUAAAAACCUGCCGCUCUCUGCAGUUUACAAGACAAACACCACCAGCCACUAUUUGUGGAAUAUAUUAUUUUUUUAUGUAUUUCAUUUAGCAUUCACAUUGAUAGAGAACCAUGGAGAAUCAUUUUAUUCCAACACGCCUCAGGGUUGAGGUAACUGUAAAUAAAUAAGUUCAACUCCAUGUGAUGAUGAAGUAGUCCAAAUGUGACUGUAUGGUGACAUUGAAUAAAACAAUACAGACUAUAUCGCGGUCAUGAAAAAGUGUAUAUGUCCCAUUAUUUAAACAAUUUAGAAGGAUAAAGGGAAUGAUUGUAAUUACUGUGAAUUUUUCGCAUUAUUAGUUGACGC